UGUCUUAGACGUCUGCUAUCUCAUUGAGAAGAGCUGGAAAAGCUGCCUCUUCAGCCUGGAUCUCAGAAUAACAAGUACAGCCAGACCGGCAGCCUGAGACAGCUGUGUGGUUCCCAGCUUCUAGCAAACAGCUCUCAGCCAAUGCAGCACAGACAAAAGGCUACAUGGAUGAUGACCUAAACCUGACAAGUAUAGGAGAGUCCCAGUCUUCAGGUUAUGAUACCUCUUCCAACCUUACUGUAAAGUCACAAGAACACCUAAAAAGGAAUAAUAUGAAACUUAGUACCUCUAAAAUCAUCACCAUCAUCACCUUCUUUCUGAUUAUUCUAAUAAUUACAUUGACCACAAUUUUAACAGAAAAACACGAAUCUUCCACUGAACACAAAUCAUGCCUGGAUGGCUGGAUUGGUUACCGAGGAAAGUGCUUCUAUUUUUCUGAAAAUACAACCACCUGGGCAGCAAGCCAAAACUUCUGUGUCUCUCAUGCAGCAACUCUUGCUGUGUUCAACACAAAAGAACUGGAUUUCCUGAAGCGAUAUUCUGAAUAUUCUCACUAUUGGAUUGGACUGAGCCGAAAACCAGGACAGACCUGGAAGUGGGUAGAUGGAAGCACCUCCAGUGAUUGGUUUCAAGAAAUCGGAAAGGGAGAAUGUGCCUAUCUACACCAAAGUGGGAUUAGUGGUUCCAGUACCCAUUUGGUUAGAAAAUGGAUUUGCAGCAAACCGGACACACGUAUUCCAAGAAGUUAAGACAUCAUAGACCUAAGAUCUUUUACAUAAAAUAUAGCUUUUAUUCUCCUUAUAAGAAAUAUGUUAUAUUAACAUAAAAGUAUAUGAAAUUAAUGUUUAGAAAUUUUUAUUGAUGUUUCACUCUAAAUCUCUAAAUUAAUUUGUUAUAAAUUUACUAAAUUCUUGGCAUUCAAGAAGUAUACACCUCAGCAUCUAUAAAAGUUCCCAAAUUUUAUAGAAUAAAAUUUCUUAUAUGUAAUACAUUAAAAUAUGAAUGAACAAUUUAAAUGACAUUUUAAGAUGUAAUCAUGAAUUCAGACUAAUGUCAUUUAAAAUUACUUGUUUUAUAAAAAACGAUGAUAUUUUUGCAGUCUCCCUACUUUUAUUAUCAAUAACCAUUGGUUGGUUUUCUUUUAAUUUUGCAAUAUUUGCAUUACUUUAUGAGAUUCACUCAUGAAUUCAGUGUAAUUCAAACACAAUAACAGUGUUUAAAUUUGUUGAUUUAUUAUAUUAAAAAAUCUCUUUCACACACCAACCUCACAGCAAAAAACUAAAGCAAUAAUAAGAUUUCACAUUCAGAACAUCAUGUGAGGGGCCUUCAAGUUUCUGAGUAACCAGUCUUGAACUAGCAGUGUUCUAUUUUUGAAUGCCAAUAACUUAUUGCAUAAUGGGAAAAUGGAUAAUAAACAUUCAGUGGGUAGAUGGGUGGGGGACUGGGUUUGAAUUUUGCUGCUCAAUUUUCUCUCUAUUUGAGAAAACAAAUUAGGUUCUGCAUCAUACUGUAUUCUUCUUAGAGUAUAUUGUCUUUAUAUUUACUCAACAUUACCAAUUUCCCUUUGUAAAACAAUCCUUUUCUAAAAGUUCUUGUGAAAUCUGUGAUCUGCAUCCUAUGGAUACUUAAUGUAUAUUCAUUGAUAGAAGUUUGAAUAAUUGUAACAGAACACAUAUUGAAGAUGGCACUAGUAGUAAUUUGGGAACUAACUUAGUAAAGUUUCUUAUCUUUUUUUUAUAGACCAUAAUAAGUUUUCCAUCUUUUUCUCCUCCCUCUUCACCUUCAUUUUUACUUUCUUUUCCUCCCUGUACUCCCCCUUUUCCCUCAUUCCUUAUAUUGAUUU